CAAAUGUAAGCCCCAUUUGUCCAUUUGCCACCAACUCCAAGAAUUGGACAUGGCUACUUUCGCAGUGUCAUCUGGGACUAUAAAUCCUUUAACACGAACCCUGCCAUUAGCAAAAAAUACGAAACCCCUUUCCCUUUUCUCCCUUUCUAUUUCCCUCUCUCUCAAAGCAUCUAAAACUCCUCUAAGGGCUUCUUCAAUGUCUUACGAUAAACAACUUGCUGCUGCCAAGAAAGCUGCUUCCCUCGCUGUUCGCCUUUGCCAAAAAGUCCAAAAAGCACUGUUGCAAGCAGAUGUUCAAUCGAAGUCUGACAAAUCUCCUGUGACAGUGGCUGAUUAUGGCUCACAGGCCGUGGUUAGCGUUGUUUUGCAGAAAGAGUUGGAUUCUGCAUCAUUUUCAUUAGUGGCUGAGGAGGACUCUGGAGACCUUCGUAAAGAAGAGGGAAAAGAAACAUUACAGCGUAUCAUGAAGCUUGUCAAUGAAACACUUGCUAGUGAUGAAACAUAUGGUAAUGCUCCAUUAUCUGAAGAAGAUGUGCUUGCUGCCAUUGAUAGUGGUAGAUCUGAAGGGGGUCCUUCUGGUCAGCAUUGGGUGUUGGAUCCUAUUGAUGGUACUAAAGGGUUUGUAAGGGGAGACCAAUAUGCAAUUGCAUUGGCACUGCUAGAUGAAGGGAAGGCGGUUUUGGGCGUCCUAGCCUGUCCAAAUCUUCCAUUAUCUUCUGUGGCAUCCCACAAUCCACAGGAUCCUCAAGAAAAAGUUGGUUGCCUCUUUUAUGCCCAAGUUGGUUCUGGAACUUACAUGCAGUCUCUUGAUGGAUCUACGCCGAUAAAGGUGCAUGUAACUGAUUUAGACAAUCCCGAAGAUGCAUCUUUUUUUGAAUCUUUUGAAGCAGCACAUUCUUUGCAUGACCUAUCUAGUUCGAUAGCAAAGAAACUUGGUGUCAAAGCGCCUCCAGUUCGAAUAGAUAGCCAGGCAAAGUAUGGUGCUUUGUCCCGUGGAGAUGGAGCAAUAUAUCUGCGGUUUCCUCAUAAGGGCUACCGUGAGAAAAUAUGGGAUCAUGCAGCGGGAUAUCUUGUUGUUGCAGAAGCUGGAGGUGUUGUCUCAGAUGCUGCAGGAAACACUUUGGACUUCUCCAGGGGAAGAUACCUUGAUUUACAUGAAGGCAUUAUCGUUACGAAUCAAAAGCUGAUGCCUGCUCUCCUAAAGGCUGUUAAGGAGUCUUUGAACGAGAAAUCUUCGUCCUUAUAAUAAUGAUUAAACCAAUAAGCGUAAACUGCAGCUAUCUUCGUGUACAUGUACACAACUUUUGUGCACGGAAUGGUACCUGCAGCGGCUCAUUUUUCACCUGUUUGCUUACUUUUACACAUUUCAUUCUGGUAUUACUUUAGCUCUUCAAUUGUUAUGUCAACUCAGCUUGAUGAAUUUCAUUCCUUUUUUUUUUCCUGAAUGUAAUUUGUGUUGUUUGUCGUUAAA